CUGGUUAUCAACAACUAAAAAAGGAGGAAGUUAAUGAACUUUCCACUUCUCAAAUAGUUCUAAAGUUUUAAUUGAUUUCCUUUAACAUUGUGCUUUUUAUUUGACUGAUACACGCCUUAUUAUAUUCUUGAUCCAAUCUUGAAAAAUGUCUAGUACUUCCCAGAAGCAUCGCAACUUCGUUGCGGAACCUAUGGGAGAGAAGCCUGUUACAGAACUUGCAGGUAUUGGAGAAGUUCUGGGCAGAAGACUUGAAAAUCAAGGAUUUGAUAAGGCGUAUGUGGUACUCGGCCAGUUCUUGGUUUUGAAGAAAAAUAAGGAGCUAUUUCAAGAUUGGAUGAAAGACACAUGUCAAGCAAAUUCAAAGCAAUCUAGUGAUUGUUAUGAUUGUUUGAAUGACUGGUGUGAAGAAUUUUUGUAAUUUAUGAUGUAUUUUAUUUUUGUAUACACAUUAUAUCUAUUUAAUAUGAAGAAACUAUUUUUGCCUUGUCACUUAUUAUAUAAGUUAACUAUUAUAAAAUAGUAAUAAAUUAUAAUAAUAUGUAUCUAUGCUAAUAUGUGUUUUGACUGUAAUGAAUUAUAUUGUUUUCUUCUUUAAACGGG